GUCUAUUUUGCUUCUGGGAAGGAGGAAUUGGUCGAUCUACACCGCGGAUACACACACUUUCACCCCCGAUCUAGAGAUCAAAAUCAAACCCAGCAACGACCCAUUCGACUCAACGGUUCAGGUUCAAGUUCGCAUCGAUUGAGUUGUUGUCUUGUCGUCGGAUCGCCUAUCCAGAGCCAGCCUCAUUCACCUGAUAUACCUGGACGAUAACAAUCAACAAUUAACAAGAACGAAGAUGCCCGACCGUCACGUCCAAGUCCUCGUCAUCGGUACCGGUCCAACCGGCCUAGGCGCAGCGACCCGUCUAGAACAACUCCAACUCCCGCAAUCUUACCUGGUAGUAGGACAGGAAGACGUAGCGGGCGGGUUGGCCGGGACGGAUGAGACGAGCGAAGGGUUCUUGUUCGAUUAUGGGGGGCAUGUGAUCUUUAGCCACUACGCCUACUUUGACGAUACCAUCAACAAGGCCCUCCCGAAAGAAGACGAUUGGUACGAGCAUCAACGGGUGUCUUAUAUUCGGAGUGGGAGCGCUUGGGUUCCUUACCCCUACCAAAACAACAUCUCCCAACUCCCUCAAUCCGAACAACUCGUCGCCCUGGACGGACUCUUGGAAGCCGCCGAACUGAGAGCGGCCACCCCGACGGUGAAACCGGUGACGUUUGAACAGUGGAUCGACCGGAACUUGGGGAAAGGGAUAGGGGAGAUGUUUAUGCAUCCGUAUAAUUUCAAGGUUUGGGGGGUUAGGACUAGUGAGAUGCAAUGUAAAUGGCUGGGCGAACGAGUGGCCGCCCCGAACCUCAAGGUGGUCAUCAAGAACGCCAUCACCCGGACCCCCGCUGGGAACUGGGGUCCUAACGCGACUUUCCGAUUCCCCGCUCGAGGUGGUACCGGUGGGAUCUGGAAAGCCGUGGCCGAGAUGAUCCCCCGAGAAAAGAUCCAGGUCGGCCGGGUGGUCUCGGUGGACCCGGUCCACAAGCUCGCCAAGAUGGGCAACGGGGAGACGAUCGCGUACGACAAGUUGGUCUCGACGAUGAACGUCGAUCAUUUCGUCGAUAUCGUCCAGGUCUCUUCGGAGGCGGACAAGGAAAAGCUCAAGCUGGUCAAGCAGGCCACGCAAGAGUUGGUUUAUAGCAACACCAUCGUCAUCGGACUAGGCAUGCGGGGGCAACGUCCCGAACGGAUAGGCGACAAGUGUUGGCUCUACUUCCCUGAAGACAACACCCCGUUUUACCGAGCGACGAUCUUUUCCAACUAUUCCCCUCACAACUGCCCUGCCGAGGAAAAGAGCCUCCCGACCCUCCGUCUGGCCAACGGGUCCGCCCCGGCCUCCACCGAACCCUCUUCGGGUCCUUAUUGGAGCUUGAUGCUCGAAGUCUGUCAAUCGGCACAGAGGCCACAAAAUAUGGACACCAUCUUGGAAGAGACCAUCCUCGGUGCUCUGGCUACGGACCUUUUGAGACCGGAGGAUGAGAUCGUGUCGACCUAUGUCAGGCGGUUCGAGCAUGGAUACCCCACGCCGUCGCUCGGACGAGACGCCGCACUUGGUCGGAUCUUGCCGGUCUUGAAGGAUGAUUUCGAUAUUUGGUCUCGAGGCCGAUUCGGGAGCUGGAAAUACGAAGCCGGGAACCAGGACCACUCUUUCAUGCUCGGCGUAGAAGCCGUCGACAGCGCCGUCUUUGGGACGCCCGAGAUGACGCUCAACGAGACGGAUUGGGUCAACGGGAGGAGGAACGUCGAGCGGCGCUUGCAAUAAGUGAGAGGGAAGGGGCUUGUUUCGAGAGCUUUCGGUACUGCGUACCACAUUCAUAUACUCCAUGCAUGCAUACACGAUACCAUAUACAUGAUACCACUUUCCGUCCAU